GCUACCCGGCUUCGGCUGGAGACCGGUUGCCUCUGUCCUAGGAUGCAAAAGCCAGUUCUUUCCGGGCGGGGAGUCAUAUCCUCAGGAAGCCGAGCCAUUCCGUCCAACUACUUGCCCCAAACGGGGAGCAGGCCGUGGUCACCUGCCUAGGAAGCUCUGAAGAUCCGGCCACGCUGUCCCUCUCAGACAGUUUUCCCCAGCCGGCUGGAAAGAUUCCUGGCUAUCCACUCCUCUGGGGUAUCUGAGGACAGGAGCUACGCCAGGCGUGCGGAUAGACCAGUGAAGAGCACCCCCACCUGACCUCCUGUCCCUGCGCGGACCCAGACUCGGCGGCGCACAUUCCCCCCGAUGGUGGGGGGGACGGCGCAGUCACGCGCGCAUCUCACUUGCGCUCACAAGCGUGCAAGGCUCACGCUCUGCGCCCCGCACACCUGCGCUCCGCCCCUUGGUCCCGGGCGGGCAAGGAGAGAAGGCAUUUGGAAAGGGUGGCUGCGGAGGCGCCUCCCUUCUCCAUUCCCCAGGGCUGGAGUUGUCCGGAGCCUGCCGCGGCUCCCAACCAGUCCGCAUCCCCCCUCCAUCCUUCCCUCCCCCCGCCUGCCGCGGCACCGGUAUCCGCAGCCACAGCCCGGAGCCGGUGAGGCGGCGUAGGGGGGAGGGGGAGGAAGCAAGGGAUGAGCGCCGGGAGGGCGACGGGGGCCCUGAGCCGGACUAGGACGCCCCUGGAGCGGGAACCCGAGCCGGAGCCGGAACCAGAACCAAACCACCGGUACCGGCUGCAGCCCCCUAAACCCAGGAGGCGCCCUGGCCCGCGCUCGCCCCCCAGGGCCUCAUGUCGGAACCACAGCCUGACCUGGAGCCGCCCCAACAUGGGCUGUACAUGCUCUUCCUGCUUGUGCUGGUCUUCUUCCUUAUGGGCCUAGUAGGCUUCAUGAUCUGCCACGUGCUCAAGAAGAAAGGCUACCGCUGCCGCACGUCUAGGGGCUCGGAGCCUGACGACGCCCAGCUCCAGCCGCCUGAGGAUGAUGACGUGAAUGAGGACACAGUAGAGAGGAUCGUUCGCUGCAUCAUCCAAAAUGAAGCCAAUGCUGAGGCCUUGAAGGAGAUGCUGGGGGACAGUGAAGGAGAAGGGACAGUGCAGCUCUCCAGCAUGGAUGCCACUUCCAGCAUACAGGAUGGAGCUCCCUCCCAUCAUCACACAGUGCAUCUGGGCUCUGCAGCCCCAUGCAUCCACUGCAGCCGCAGCAAGAGGCCCCCACUUGUUCGUCAGGGAAGGUCCAAGGAAGGAAAAAGCCGCCCCCGACCUGGAGAGACCACCGUGUUCUCUGUGGGCAGGUUCCGGGUGACACACAUUGAGAAGCGUUAUGGGCUGCAUGAGCAUCGUGAUGGUUCCCCCACGGACAGAAGCUGGGGCUCUGGUGGUGGGCAGGACCCAGGGGGUGGUCAGGGAUCUGGAGGAAGGCCACCCAGGACAGGGAUGCCUGUCAUUGAGAGGCUGCCCCCUGAGGAGCCACAGCCCCAGUCACUAGCCAGGCCCCCAGUGCAGAAUGGAAGACUCAAGGACAGCAGUCUAGUCCCUUGUGGACUUGAGGGGAACCCUGGAGCCUCUGCAGAAUCAACACUGGGGGCCAGAGGGAGGAUCCUGAGCCCGAGCCCAAGGCUGCCCAGUCAAGAGGCAAAUGGACAGCCAAGCAAACCAGACUCCUCAGAUCACCAGGUGUCUCCACCACAGGGAGCAGGGGGUAUGUGAGCCUCAUUCUUCAUUGUGCUGAUGGACUACCAGCUGGCAGGGCCAAAAGUGAGUGGGCAUGAAGGCCCUCCCGUUCACUGGACAGCACUGGCCCCCAGUUGAGGGACCAGAUCUACUUUCACCUGGAGUUGCACGGUCUCAGUCUGGGGGACUUUGAGAAAAGUUCUUCCACUCCUGGACCCUCAGUUUCUUCCUCUUCCCCUACCUGCCAACAGGCUGCCUGGCCUGCCUUCCCCAACACCUCGCUCCACAUGAUGGAGCGUGGCAGCUGGGACCAGGUCCCUGCCCUUGGUGGGGCCCAAAAGCAAUAGCACCUUAGGCUCCCUGCCCUCUUGGCAAAAGAGGUCCAGGCCCUGGCUUGGCCUUCAUGCCCUUUAUUCACUGUCAAUAAAUCCGCUCAGAC